UGCCAAUGCCAAUGCUAUCAAUAAAAAUACGCUUUGGGAUGAGCAAAGUCCACCUCCGGCUCUGAGCCCUCAGCUUCUCUUUCCUCUGACCUGACCUCACCUCCCUUGGUUGCUUCUGUAAUUGGCUAUGGCGACUCAAUCCGCCGCUUCCCCCAACCCAACGGACGGGAAUCCACCGAAACCAGAACUUGCACAACCAACGAAUCAGGAUCAGCAAGAGUCUGGGGCCGAGGCUCCCAAUCCAAUAUCUACGCCAUCGGUGUUUGUGAACUCUGAGCCUAUGCGAGAGGAACAAGUGGAGAAUGCGGUGAAGUUUCUUUCGCACCCGAAAGUUAGGGGCUCACCAGUUAUCUUCAGAAGGUCGUUUCUUGAGAAGAAGGGCCUUACAAAGGAGGAGAUAGAUGAGUCCUUUAGACGUGUGCCUGAUCCACAACCAAGUGCGCAGUCAGCCAGCUUUAAUCAAGAUGGGCAGGUGAAGUCAUCAUCAAGCAUUCAGCCACAGGCCCCAAUACAAAAUCUGCAACCAGCAGCAGCUGCUCCUACCGCUGCCGUUUCCUCAGUGGGUACUGCAACGCUAUUCAGAUUUCACUGGUCUCAUGCUAUUCUUGCUGUAGGAUUACUGGCGGUUUCAGGUGCUGGAACAGCUGUAGUAGUUAAGAAUGCUAUUUUACCCAGGCUGAAGUCUUGGAUACGCAAGGUUGCAUUGGGGGAAGAAAAUGACCUUGUGGAAAAAACAGAUUCAAAACCAAGUGUGGCAGAAGAAGCAGCAGCCGCUGCAAAAGCAGCUGCAGCUGCAGCUGCUGAUGUUGCAAAAGCAAGCCAAGAAAUGUUGCGUUCAAGAAACGAAGAGAGGAGAUUCUUUGAAGAGUUUACAAAUCUCUUAGAUGUACAAGUACGUGAAAUGAAGUCAAUGACUAAUGCCAUAAGUAAAUUGGAAGGACAAACGAACACCCAAGUGAGAGCCUCUUUUGUUGAUCCAGAAGAUCACCGAGUCACUAUAUCAAGUUCAAAGCAAUCAUAUCUGCAUGACAAGGCGGACUAUGACUCACGCUCAGUGAGAUCAUCCUCGCCUCCCACAUCUGCAGAACCAUCAAUUGCACCUCACCCCAAGUCAUAUAUGGAGAUUAUGGCCAUGGUCCAAAGAGGGGAGAGACCUCCUAAUAUCAAAGAUAUAAAUGAUCUACCACCAAACCCUAAUCAGCAACCAUCAAAUCCUCGUUUAGCACCAAGACCUAAGCCGUGGGAAGUUAGUCAGGCCCAAAACAGCUCCAGCCAAGCAUUUCAGUCUCAAGUAAAUGGUGAAGGCUUGAAUUCCAAUGUACAAGACAAUGGGUUAAUGUAUCAGUCAAAUGGUGACAGUUCAGUACCUUGGUGGCAACGGAAAAAUGUUAAACUAACAGAGAUUGAAAAUGAAGAUGAACUCAAGGUGGGAUCUUUUGGUGUGCGAACUAAUGAGCAACCAGUUCAGCGUAGAUGGGUCCCUCCUCAGCCACCCCCAGUUGCAAUGCCAGAAGCAGCUGAAGCCAUCCGACGACCGAAACCAUCUGUUCCAAUAGAACAGCUGGCUGAUGAUCAGUCAGUAGCACAUCCUUCAGAUGUAACUGAUGAGUUGCAGAGGAUCACAAAAAUAUCUGAAUCUGGAGGAGCAGUGGAGAUUAAUGGUGGGAGCUCAAGUGAGAUAAAAGAAGAUGACCACAGUUUUGAACAGAACUAAAGCGGGAUUGAAUAUGUUUAAACAACUUGAUCAAAGGUACCUACAUACAUAAUACUAGGUUUCUAGUAGUAGCCUCCCAUGGUAUAUUUUCGAUCUACUUGAACGAAUAUUGUGAUCCGACUGCUAUUCUGUACUUGUAACAGAAUUUGAAUGCAAGAUAUGUUGACUUGUUUUUAUGAGAAAAUAAAGUUUCAGUAGAUGA